ACGCCAGCGCUGCAUGUGAGCAGCACAAUAAGUUCAAUUUGACAGCAAAAGGGGAAAGAAAAUUAGUAGAGUCCCGUGAAAAACAGUUGAUCUCAAGAAAAAUUGAGAUAUGCGAGUGAAAUUGGUGUUUAUGUGGUGUCUCCUGGUGAUACCAGCAAUCUUGGGCCGAAAGCACCACCUCGAGAUCAAGGAUGACUACCGACGCUACAUUGCCCUGAGCACCUUUGGCUUCUACCAGGGUGGUAUUCUCGAUGUGAAGUUCCUCAAUUUUCAGGUGCCAGUUGACGAGGAGCGACAACAGUUUGGCUUAUCACUAGAUAAGACACUGUCUGACGCUAUGAAUCCCUACUUGGAUACGCAUCAGGACAAGUGCAUUCUGAAUGAACCGGCAUCAGCCCAACAGGGAGGACCUAUUAUUUUCAUCCAUUUCGAUUUGGAAAAUAAAACGACUCACAUUGAUUGUUCCCGGAAUUGGCCACCCACUGUCUACAUUUACAAAAACCGAGCUGACAUCCCCGUGAUGAGGGCAAAGAGACACAGCCUGGCCAAAGUCAGUGACUCAUCGAUCUUUCUGCAGAGACGGAGAAGAGCGACAGACGUGAAGAGCACAGAAAGGGGAAUAAAAUGCAAUCAACAGAAUCUCCCGAUGAACAUGACGGUGAAAGAUGGAAUAAAAUACUAUUCUUUGAAUUUCGUUCUCUAUGUGGCCACGAAGGCAGAUGAGGGUCUCUACAAUUUAUACUUCCACAGUUGUCCAAAUUAUAUCUAUCCACCGAAGUAUUCUCUGAAUUUUAAUGUUGAUAUUGAGGAGAAUAAUAGUGGAAAUUAUUUAUCUGCUGGAGAAAUGCCUCUUCCUGCCCUUUACUUCAUGAUGGCUGUUUUAUUCUUCCUCUCAGGACUCUUUUGGAUCUUCAUCCUGCAGAAGAGCAAGCAUCCAGUCUUUAAGAUUCACUAUUUAAUGGCUGUUCUGGUGUUUCUUAAAUCCCUAUCGCUCUUCUUUCACGCCAUCAAUUAUCACUUUAUUGAGAUUAAAGGGGAACAUGUUGCAGCCUGGGCUAUUCUCUUCUACAUCACUCAUCUACUUAAGGGGGCUGUUCUCUUCAUAACAAUCGUCCUUAUUGGUACAGGGUGGACUUUCAUAAAGCACAUUCUGGCCGAUAAGGACAAAAAACUGUUCAUGAUUGUCAUACCACUUCAAGUGUUGGCCAAUGUGGCGGCAAUUAUAAUUGAAGAGAGCGAAGUGGGUGAUAAAGAACAUACAACAUGGCGGGAUAUUUUUAUCCUUGUCGACUUGAUAUGCUGUGGUGCCAUUCUCUUUCCUGUUGUCUGGUCCAUUCGACAUCUCCAGGAGGCCUCUGCUACUGAUGGAAAGGCAGCCACGAAUUUGCGAAAAUUGAAACUCUUCCGGCAAUUCUACAUCAUGAUCGUUUGCUACAUUUACUUCACCAGGAUUAUCGUCUAUCUGCUAAAGAUAACUGUGGCAUUUCAAUAUGCCUGGAUGGAUGAGAUGUUCAGAGAAAUGGCCAAUUAUACAUUCUUUGUGCUGACAGCAUACAAGUUCCGGCCGGCAUCGCAGCAUCCCUACUUCACUGUCACCAACAGUGAUGACGAAGAUGAGCCCAAUGAAGUAUUGACAGAUUCGGGUUUCACUGAAGGAUUAACCAAAGUCACCAAUCGUUCAAUGCCCAAUGCGACAAUUGUUGAUGGCAACGAAGAGGAGCGUGAGACAUUAAUAAGUAAACGUGAAUCGAGCCAUGAGUACGAUUGAAUCUAAUAUGCUUAGAUAUUCGUGUUCGAUUUAUUGAUUAACUUCAAAUUACUUGGCAAUAGGCAUCUAUAAAUCUUCUCCAUCACCACAAAAUACAACCCCUACUCCCUUCCUUGUUUCUUUUUGUAUUGUAAGAUGAGUAUGUUUAGGAUAAUGAAACUUUUGUGAAUAUUUAUUAUUCAUAAAUCUAAGUCCUGUAUAUAAUAAUAGGUUUUAUUAUUUCUUUUUAUCUAUCCCUUCACUGUGAGUGAUUUUCUUAUUCCAAGAAGAAAGUUAAACAGAAACACUCAUAAUUCCUCCAUUUAGUGUAGAAAAGAAAGGAAAUAUUUGCAUAAAGGGAUAUGUUGACGAGUUAGUCAUAGUAUUCUUUCCUGAUUGCAAUUUAUAUCUUAACAAAAAAAUUAAAGGAAGUAAUUGUGAUUUUAAACUUAAUAUACUUAAUGAGAAUAUUCGGCGGUAUUUUGCAAUUCCAUAGUUUUUUUCUGAAGUAAAGUAGAAUAGUCUAAUUAGGAAUCUGUUCUAAAUGAGAAUUAUCCACAAUCCUAAAUAGGAAUACUAAUUUCUUAAUAAACACAGUACUAAAUUUUUAUAAAUCUAUGUCACUAUCUCAUUAUUUGAUCUUUUACGUUCCAGAUUAAUCAAGAAAUCCAUUUAUAUUUAAAAGUUUUAAUACAAAAUCCCAUUUAGAGCGUGUUCUAAAUUAGUCUAUUCUACCCUAUAAUGUUUUUCGGAACGACUAUUUUUGAUAAAAAAAAACCUUUAAGAAUUCUUUUGGAGGAAAAUUACGAAAUUGUUCGGAAAAAAAUCUCGACGCUGCAAUGUAGUCUUGCUCUAAAAAUUCUUACCUUUGACGAAUCUGAAAACAAAUUCAGAAGAUAGAUCAUCCUGAAAUCUUUGCCAUACGGCAAUGCACUUUCAUUAACAAAAAUAUAUAUAAUCAAAUUUAUUUUUGUCUGAGAACCAUUAUUUUUAAAUAAAAGGAUUUCUUUUGUUAGAAAACCAAAGAUAAAGUCGAGCAAAUAUUCUGAAUUAAGGGGAGGAUCUGAAUUAGGAGGCCAAAACAUUCUGAAAAUUUCAUUUUCAAAUUAAAAAAAAAAUACAGCACUUUCAAAAGUUGCAGUUUAAUUGAUUCACCCUGUAAUACACGGGAGCGCCUCGUCGUAUAGCUCUUAAUUCUUGUGUGAAAAAAUAGUCUAAAAAUAUUUCCAAAUUUCAUAAAUGUUUUUGAUCGCUAAUCCAAAACAACAGAGAAAAUUAAAAAAUUGGAACUUUUUUACAGAGAUUUACAAAAAUUCAUAUUUUGAGAUGUAAUAUUGAUGGUAUUUUUUUUUAUAAAAUGACCAUAGAAGUUUGAAGAGAAUUUAAUUCUUAGGAAAAUGAGCUUUUAUUAAUUUCAUUCGGUGAAUAGAAUUUUUUGCUAACUUCAUCGCCAAUUCAAACAAAAAUAAAUAAAUAAAUAAAAAUUGAAAGUGAAAGAAAUUGCGUUUCAUAGUUUUGGAUGUUCUCCUUAGUGCUUGCAAAUCUAUUGUGCGCUUAUUUGUUUUCGUCUAGGUAUCUACGGAAAUACUUAGAAUUACCUUCUGAAAUUUUUAUGGUAUAUUCUUAGAUAGUUUACCUAUCGAUUUUGAACAAUAAUGAAAAUAUUGAUUUUGACCUUGUAAUUCAGGCUCUCCCCUUAAAUAGUAGAAAAUAUGUUGUCUCGUAUAUAAAACUAAAUGCAUAUUUAAAAUUUCAUAAUUAUUUUUAAAAAAAAUUGUAGGAUUCUCUUCUAAAUAAAAUAGGAAUUGUGAAAGAAUGUCGAAUUUUCAAAUAAAUGGUAGAUAGUUGAUAGAAUCUUCAAGGAAAAAUAAACUUAGAGGACAUAAAAAUGAUUAUAAGAGUAAAUUUGAAAAUAAAGGCAAGUUAAUUUUUGCAUAA